UGUCACGUGGCGGAGCAGCAAGAUGGCGGCGCGCGGAGUGUGACCGAGGAGCCCCCCGGAGCCCCGAGCGUGCCCGGAGCCGCCCGCGCCAUGGUGACGGAGCAGGAGGUGGAGGCCAUCGGCCGCACGCUGGUGGACGCGGCGCAGCCGCUGCCCGCCCGGUUCCGGGCCCUCUUCACCCUGCGCAACCUGGGCGGCCGCGCGGCCGUGGAGUGGAUCAGCCGCGCCUUUGGGGACAGCUCGGCGCUGCUGAAGCAUGAACUGGCCUAUUGCCUGGGCCAGAUGCAGGACGAGGCCGCCAUCCCGGUGCUCAUCCGCGUGCUGGAGGACACGGCCCAGGAGCCCAUGGUCAGGCACGAGGCAGGUGAAGCCCUGGGUGCCAUUGGGAACCCCGAGGUGCUGGAUGUCCUGAAACGCUAUUCCCAGGAUCCCGUGGUCGAGGUGGCAGAGACGUGUCAGCUGGCCGUGAGGAGGCUGCAGUGGCUGCAGAACAACAAGGAGCAGGCAGGCAGCAGCCCGUACCGCUCUGUGGAUCCUGCUCCCCCCGCAGAGGAGACGGACGUCGCCAAGCUCCGGGAGAUCCUCCUGGAUGAGUCCCAGGAGCUGUUUGAGCGCUACCGGGCCAUGUUUGCGCUGCGGAACGUGGGGGGCCAGGCUGCUGUGCUGGCACUGGCAGAAGGGCUGCGCUGCGGCAGCGCGCUGUUCCGCCACGAGAUCGGCUACGUGCUGGGGCAGCUGCAGGACGAGGCGUGCGUGCCGCAGCUGACGGCGGCACUGUGCAGCCGCGCCGAGAGCGCCAUGGUGCGGCACGAGUGCGCCGAGGCGCUGGGCGCCAUCGCCCGGCCCGGCUGCCUGCGCGCCCUGCGCGCCUUCGCGGCCGACGAGGAGCGCGUGGUGCGCGAGAGCUGCCAGGUGGCCCUGGACAUGUACGAGUACGAGAACGGCGCCCAGUUCCAGUACGCCGACGGGCUCUGCAAGCUGCAGGCCUCCUCCUGAGCCCGGGCCGGGCCUGCCGCCCCGUCGUGCCGCCGCCGGCGGAUCCGUGCCUUGCCGAGCUGCGGGAGGGACCGGGUUUGCUCUCUGGCACAAUUACAGGCACCUUUUCCCUCCAAAUCCGGGCUGAGCUGCUACUUGCCUCCCCGGCGCUCCUCGCCGGCCGCCGUUUCCUGGAUCUGCCCCUUUUCCCUGCCAGGAUCGGCGCUGCCCGCCCGCGGCGUGGCUCGGGGCUCGGACCGGGUGGGCUCAGCUUGGCGCGUCGGAGCCUGCUGCGGCCCUGCAGGGCCUGGGCCUGCCCUGGGUUGGUGCUGCCCCGUUGGCAGCUCCGUUCUCCACAGCUGAGCUUUGCUGGGGGCUAGGAUGGGCUUUGGGCGCCCGCUCUUGUGGGCUGUGGUGUCGGGAUGCUUUGAAAUUGCUCUCGGUGGUGGUGCCGAGCUGGGGCCCUCCUCACCCGUGCUGUGGGUUUGGCUUCUCCUGUUGGGACAAGCUGGAGCUGAGCCUGUGGCAGCCUCUGCCCCAGGAUGGGGGUUGUUUCAUGGCAGAGUUGGGAAGAAAUGGCUGGGUUUUUUCUGCAGGGAAGGGCGCUGCCAUUAGGGUGGGCAGGGUGAGGCAGAGCCUGCCUGGGCUUUCCCCUGUGUUUAACCAGGGCCAGGAGAGCUGAGGCUGCUGCUGGCACCCAAAUCCCUCAGUCAGCCCAGCCUGGGCACUGGGGUUUGGGGUUUGGCAAGGAAUAAAGCACUGGCAGAGGAA